AUGUCUCAAAUCGAGUGGUUCGCUUCGCUCAAUCCUAUCGAACAUAACUUCGAAAAUGCUUAUCUGCGAAAGACUUCUAUCAUUGCUACUAUCGGACCCAAGACAAACUCUGUGGAAAUGCUGCACAAGUUGCGAAAUGCCGGUGUGAACAUCGUGCGUUUGAAUGCGAGUCAUGGCGAUCAUGGGUAUUUCCAGAGCGUCAUUGACAACUGUCGUCAAGUCGAGCGGGAAGCGCCAGGCCGUCCCUUGGCCAUUGCCCUCGACACGAAAGGGCCUGAAAUGCGUACUGGUGUGAUGAUCGACAAUCAGGAUGUACCGAUUCCAGCUGGUCAUGAGAUGAUCGUCACGACAGACGAGUACUACGCAGACAAGUGUAGCGCUGAGUAUCUGUACAUUGAUUAUCCAAACCUGCCAGCGAAGGUGGUGCCCGAUCGUUUGAUCUACAUUGACGAUGGCAUCCUUUCCCUACGCGUGCUUCGCAUUGAGGGCAAUAAUGUCUUUGUGCGUUCUGAGAACCACGGCACUCUGUCGUCCCGCAAGGGAGUGAAUCUGCCUCUAACUGAAGUGGACCUGCCUGCCGUGUCAGAAAAGGAUGUCAAAGACUUGGUCUUUGCCGCAGAGCAAGAGGCUGAUAUUGUGUUUGCAUCGUUCAUUCGCACGAGGGAUGAUAUCGUCAAGAUCCGCUCGCUCCUCGGCAAGCGUGGUGGCCACAUGCGCAUCAUUGCAAAGAUUGAGAACCACCAGGGCCUGCAGAACUUUGACGAAAUCAUGGCCGAGGCUGAUGGUAUCAUGGUUGCCCGUGGUGACCUGGGCAUUGAGAUCCCCGCACCGCAGGUGUUCCUUGCUCAGAAGAUGAUGAUUUCUCGGUGCAACAUUGCCGGCAAGCCUGUGAUCUGUGCCACGCAAAUGCUUGAAAGCAUGACACAAAACAUUCGUCCGACUCGUGCGGAGGUCUCGGACGUGGCCAAUGCUGUUGUUGACGGUGCUGACUGCGUCAUGCUUAGUGGUGAGACGGCCAAAGGAGCCUAUCCUGUCGAGUCGGUGCGGUACAUGGCUGAGACUGCUUACAUGGCUGAGCGUAGUCUUUCGUAUCAAGCCAUUUUCAACCAGAUGCGCAGUCUGCUGCGCCCAUCGACGAUGACGAAUGAAACGAUCGCUUUAGUCGCUGUAUCGGCCAGUCUUGAGCAAAAGGCUGACGCCAUCCUGCUCAUGUCAACUUCUGGUGAAACGGCUCGUCUCGUUAGCAAGUAUCGCCCACCGUGCCCAAUCCUUGUUGUCACUCGCAAUAUAUACACCACACGGACGUGUCACUUGAGCCGUGGCACAUAUCCAUUCCAUUACCCAUUGCCGCACAUUGAAGACAUGUCUCGUUGGCAAGAGGAUGUCGACAAUCGUAUCAAGUUCGGUCUUUCUGAGGCAUUGAAGCUCGGUAUCAUCAAGAAGGGCGGUACUGUCGUGGCUGUACAGGGCUGGCGUGGUGGCAGAGGCUAUACAAACUCGCUCCGCAUUCUCACUGUGCCGACUACGUCGGAAGGAUACAUUCUCGAAAGCACUACGGCAAACUAA